GUUGCCGCCAUCAUGGACACGAGUGGCAUGCAGCCUAUCAAGCUAGCCAGUGUUACCAAGGUGCUAGGCAGGACCAGCUCCCAGGGACAGUGCACACAGGUCCGCGUGGAAUUCAUGGACGACAUGAGCUGCUCCAUCAUCCGAAACAUGAAAGGCCCUGUGCACGAGGGCAACAUGCUCACUCUAUUGGAGUCCGAGCGAGAGGCUCAGAAGCUGUGCUGAACUUGUGUCUUGGGUCCUGGCUGGCAGGGUGAACACAGAGCCCAUGGGGAAGAUGUUCCACUGUUAAUAAAAUGUUUGUGUAAAUUCGGAAA